CCCCAUUUCCUGUAAUUAAGCCCUCAAAGGAGGACCCUUACUUAUAUCAUCUUCAUCAACCCUUUUAUUUGUCUUGUCCUUUUUAACCUCAUUGUCCUGACACGCAUCUCUUCUCUUCUCCUAACCUCUCGCCCCCGCCUCCCGAAGACAUGUGUUGGCCCGUCGACUAUCUCCGCAGUUGACUAUCAUCGACAGCUCCAUCAAAGCCUCCCGCAAUGUUGCACGUUAUUAUUUCCGGCGCCGGAAUUGCCGGCCUUGCUGCUGCUGUAUCGUUACGCAGAGCUGGUCACAUUGUAGACAUUUACGAACGCUCGGCCAUGAACAAUGAGGUUGGAGCUGCCAUCAAUGUCCCGCCCAACGCGAGCCGCUUCCUCCAAGCAUGGGGAUUGGAUCCCAAAGAAUGGCGAUUUGUCACUGCUCGCCUCCAGACAUUCAACGACCCCAAAAGCUUGAAGCCAUUUAUUAUUAACGAUCUAUCGGCUGCUCAAACAGCUGAUACUGCUAAGCUAUAUCUUGCCCACCGGGUGGACUUGCACAACGCUCUCAAGUGGAUGGCAACUCGACCAGAUGGUCCUGGAGAGCCGGUGCGAAUUCAUCUCCAAAGCGAAGUUGUGGCAUAUGACCCUGACGCACCGUCAAUGACAUUGCGCAGUGGCGAAGUCAUACACGGAGAUCUUAUUAUUGGCGCAGACGGCGUCCACUCUGUCGCAUGCGAGACAGUAUUACAGCGGAAAAAUAAGCCAAUUAAACCCAUGCACGCCAACUUUUGCUACCGAUUCCUGAUCCCGACAGCGGAUAUUGAAGCAGACCCAGAAACGAGAUUCUAUAACGAAAACUGCGAAGGUGGAACAAGAGUUAUUCCUCACAGCGAUGGAAAGCGUCGUGUAGUAUCCUACAUGUGCAGAGAAAACACGAUACAUAACUUUGUUGGUCUAUUUUCCGACGAUGACAUGGAGGCUGGAACAGAAGACUGGCAAGCAUCCGUGGACAUAUCUGAAGUGCUAAAACGCUUCUCCGACUUCAAUCCUGAUCUUCUUAAAGUUAUGGCCAAGGCAUCUGAAGCAAAGCAAUGGCCACUAUUGUAUAGAUCGCCGUUGGAAACAUGGCAUAGGGGUUACAUGGCUCUUGCCGGCGACUCUGCGCACCCCAUGCUCCCUCAUCAAGGACAGGGUGGCGCCCAAGGUAUGGAAGACGGACUCGCUCUGGGUAUCAUUAUGAGCGGUGCGACAUCCAAGGAAGAAGCCAAGGAACGGUUUAAAAUUUAUCAACAAGUCCGUCACUCGCGCGUCAGUGUAAUACAGGUCCUCAGCAACGUCGGCCAGGACCAGCUCAAUGAGAUCAGACACGAAGCUGCGCGUUACAUGCCCGAGGACAGGAUCCCUUCCAACCAACAGGAAGUGCGGCAAUUCAACUUUCACUUUGACAUUGUCGACGCUUCUAUCCGGGCUAUGAGGCAGUACGACCCGUCCUUUGAGCUGCCAUCCGACUUUUUUGAUCGUCCCGUCGCAGGGGUACCAAACUCGGACACGCUACAGAGAAAGACAUCGAAUCUAGUAGCCAACGCGGCCAAAAUCUAAAACUUGCAUAUCAUCACAGAAACCUAUCAGCAUACAUCAAUUAGCAUUGGGAAGGGAAGGAACUCUUAUGAUGGCCGGACUGUAUAUAUACACAUGACUCAGUCGCAGCGCAGCAGAUAUUGCGCCAGGUAGCCGGUAUAUCCAGCAUGACAGGGAGGCUAUAGAGUUAUAUGACUUAUGACAUGAAUACAGAACCACUAUAUAAGCUGUAUGGGACCAAGAUAACAAAAUAUAGCACUAAUGGACA